UUUCACAAAAAAUAGUCGGCAAAAAAGACACCAUAAACUUUUUAGUAAGGGAAGUCACUCUCUUGACAUUUUAUUAUAAACAAUGGAGGGCGAAACCAUAAACUGCACCAAAGUCUCGGAGGAGUUAAUUAUCUGCAAUGGAACGGAAUAUGAUCUUCCGGAGAAAGUGCUUACGUACAGAGAUGAAUGGUUUUGGAUUUAUAUUGGGAUCUACACUGCCCUUGUAUUAUUUGCAGGCCUCAUGUCAGGGCUCACCAUGGGACUCCUCUCGCUGGACAUAACCACGCUGAUCACCAUGAAAGACGGGGGCACACCAAAGGAAAAGAAAUACGCGGCAAAGAUCUUGCCAGUUGUGAAGAGACACCAUUUACUGUUAGUGACUUUAUUGCUGGCUAAUGCAGGUGCCGUUGAAGCCAUGCCCAUCUUUUUGGACAGGGUCUCAAAUCCAGUCAUAGCCAUUGUUAUCUCGGUUACAGCUGUUCUCAUCUUUGGAGAGGUAGUCCCCCAGGCUAUCUGCACCAGAUAUGGGCUGGCUAUAGGCGCUUACUUGGCUCCGCUGGUCUAUUUCAUGAUGGGAUUGUUCUUCGUCAUCUCCUACCCACUGGCCAAACUGCUGGACUGUUGCCUGGGCUCCGACCACGGCACCUUCUACCGGCGAGGCCAGCUCAAGGCUCUCAUCGACAUCCACGGUGAGGACUCACACGCUGACGGGCUUGGCUCACGCGACGAGGCACUCUCCCACGACGAAGUGGCUAUCAUAAAAGGCGCUCUGGACAUGAAGAACAAGACUGCCAAAGAUGCCAUGAUGCCCAUAGGUAGGAUCUUUAUGCUUGACAUGGAGGCCAAGCUUGACCAUGAGACCAUGACCAGGAUUCUCCAGCGUGGACACUCUCGCAUCCCUGUGUACGGAUCUGACCCCAACAACAUCAUUGCUCUGCUGCUGACCAAGACUUUGAUCAAGCUGGACCCGGAUGACAGCGUGCCUGUGAGACAGUUGCUUGGAGAUCAGAGUUAUGCCCGCGCCACUCUGUUUGUGGAGUCUGACACGCCCCUGUUUGACCUGCUAAACCUGUUCCAGACUGGAAGAAGUCACAUGGCUGUUGUCAGGCAAGCAAAGAAAAAGGAGGUGGAGGCAAAUGCCGAGGAUGCUGAUGGUGGUGAUCAAGCUGAGUCAUCUCCCUUGCUGGUCAACGUGUCGGGAGUGAGCAUCGAGGAACCACAAAGCGAUGUCGCCGAAGGGACUGUGGUGGGAAUCAUCACUCUGGAGGACGUGAUCGAAGAACUGCUUCAGGAGGAAAUUGAGGACGAGACGGAUAUCGUUCAAGAAAUUUCUCAGAAGCUUCAGUUCUCCAUGGCUAAGCGUCAAAAAAGUUUGGCUCUAAAUUAGGAUCGUGACCGGUGUAAGUGUUGGUUGAAAAAGAAGUCUUUUUAUUCUCCACGCGACGUGUGUUGUGCAGCCAGCCAA